CUCAACGUAUUGUAUCGGGCAACUCUUGACAUACGAACACUUUGUGAACCUUCAUGGCUUGAUAGCUGUCAGUGGAACUUCCUUUUGCAUUUUGAAGUUCAUACAGAAUUUGUGUGAAAAUGGUUCAGCGAUUGACACUCCGACGACGAUUGUCGUAUAAUACAAAUGCCAACAAACGGCGUAUUGUCCGUACACCAGGUGGUCGUUUGGUCUACCAAUACGUUAAAAAACGUAAGAACGUCCCAAAAUGCGGUCAAUGUAAAGAAAAAUUGAAGGGAAUUCGCCCAACACGGCCAUUGGAACGUCAACGCAUCUCGAAGCGCCAAAAGACAGUCGCUCGUACCUACGGUGGUGUUUUGUGCCACAAAUGUGUUCGCGAACGUAUUGUCCGUGCUUUCUUGAUCGAAGAACAAAAAAUCGUUAAAGUGCUUAGCCGAUCAUCGAAAGUAGCUGUUGCCGCCAAGAAAUAAGCAUUUGGAUUUUUUUUAAACCCUAAUCUACCAUCUGGAAGUUCAAUCAAUUUGUUAAAAUUGAACGAAGACGAAAAAAAUAAAAAAACAAAAAUGUAAUUUCAA